AUGGCUGACGAACCUCGUCAGCCAGAGGUUCCGACCAACGGCCCGGCGGCGACGCACGAUGAACCUCAAUAUAACCAUGCCGUGGCCCCGGAGCACACCAUCUCAUCUUCCUCGACUAGUGUUACCGAUUUGUCGGUCGACGAACGAUGGGGAGAGCAGGAACAGGGAGACCCAGUCUCCCGUCGAGGCGCAAUGGAGGAUUUCGAGGAGAUGAGGCGAGAAUUGACUCGGCUCAGUCUGCACCGAACUCGAUCAACCGCCAAGGCUCGUCGACAAAGCCAACCCCGGGAUGAAGAGAAAGCCUUUGACGAGGCUUCGUCCGCCGCCGAUGAAGAUUUCCAGGGUGGGUUCGACCUCAGCGAGUUUUUGAUGGGUGGUCAGCUCGAGCGCCGCACGACCGCGGGUGAACCUGCGAAGAAAGUCGGCGUGGUGUUCAAGAACGUGACCGUGAAGGGCAUUGAAACUGGUGCUUCGUUCGUGCGGACCUUGCCCGAUGCAGUCGUCGGCACUUUCGGGCCCGAUUUGUAUAAACUCGUCACCAACUUCAUCCCGCAACUUCACUUCGGCAAGCGUCCCCCAGUUCGAGACCUGCUUCACGAUUUCAGUGGAGCCGUUCGGGAGGGUGAAAUGAUGCUGGUGCUUGGUAGGCCAGGCGCUGGCUGUUCGACCUUCCUGAAGACCAUUGCAAAUGACCGCGGUGCUUUCGCUGGCGUCGAGGGCGAUAUCAACUACGGUGGUCUGUCCUCGGAAGAGCAGAACAAGCAUUUCCGGGGUGAGGUCAACUACAACCAGGAAGACGACCAGCAUUUCCCGAACCUCACUGUCUGGCAGACCUUGAAGUUCUCCUUGAUCAACAAAACCAAGAAGCACGACAAGUCUAGCAUCCCUGUCAUCAUUGACGCCCUACUGAAGAUGUUCGGUAUCACCCACACCAAAAAUACCCUCGUGGGUAACGAGUACGUUCGUGGUGUGUCGGGUGGUGAGAGGAAGCGUGUCAGUAUUGCCGAAACGCUUGCUACCAAAUCCUCGGUGGUUUGCUGGGACAACUCUACUAGAGGUUUGGAUGCUAGUACCGCUUUGGAUUACGCCAAGUCCCUUCGCAUCAUGACCGAUGUCAGUAAGCGGACUACUCUUGUUACCUUGUAUCAGGCCGGAGAAAGCAUCUACGAGCUGAUGGACAAAGUGAUGGUCAUCGACUCGGGCCGUAUGCUCUACCAAGGGCCUGCCGACGAGGCGAGACAGUAUUUUGUCAACCUUGGUUUCUAUUGCCCCGACCAGUCCACCACCGCCGAUUUCCUCACCUCCCUCUGCGACCCGAAUGCCCGCCAGUUCCAGCCCGGCCGCGAAGCGUCGACCCCGAAGACCGCGGAAGAGCUUGAGUCCAUUUUCAAGCAGAGUAACGCGUACAAGCAAAUCUGGAACGACGUCUGCGACUACGAAAAGAGAUUGCAAGACACCAACCAGGAGGACACUCGCCGCUUCCAAAAAACCGUUGCCCAGUCUAAGAGUAAGACCGUUUCGAAGAAGUCCAGCUACACCGUCUCCAUCGUUCAGCAAGUCGCAGCCUGCGUGCGGCGUGAGUUUUGGUUGCUGUGGGGAGACAAAACUUCCCUCUACACCAAAUACUUCAUCAUCAUUUCUAACGGUCUUAUUGUCUCUUCUCUGUUCUACGGUGAAUCUCUGGAUACUAGCGGCGCAUUCUCGCGUGGUGGUGCCCUGUUCUUCUCCAUUCUGUUCCUGGGUUGGUUGCAACUGACGGAACUGAUGCCUGCUGUCUCUGGUCGUGCAAUCGUUGCCCGCCACAAGGAUUAUGCCUUCUACCGUCCGUCUGCUGUUGCAAUUGCCCGAGUCGUGGUGGAUUUCCCAGCCAUUUUCUGCAUGGUUGUGCCUUUCACCAUCAUCGUCUACUUCAUGACAGGACUCGACGUGAGUGCAUCCAAGUUCUUCAUCUACUUCCUUUUCGUGUAUACGACAACGUUCUGCAUCACAUCGCUCUACCGUAUGUUUGCGGCGCUUUCCCCGACGAUCGAUGAUGCUGUCCGAUUCAGUGGUAUCGCUUUGAACGUGUUGAUUCUCUUCGUUGGUUAUGUGAUCCCGAAACAAAGUCUCAUUGACGGCUCGAUCUGGUUCGGAUGGCUCUUCUAUGUGAAUCCUCUCUCGUAUAGUUACGAGUCGGUUUUAUCCAACGAGUUCUCCGAUCGUACUAUGAACUGUGCACCCUCGCAGCUGGUCCCUCAGGGCCCAGGGGUGGAUCCAAGAUACCAAGGCUGUGCACUUACGGGAUCUCGUCUUGGAGAGACCUCGGUUGGUGGAGCUCAGUACCUCGAUACAACCUUCCAGUUCACCCGACAUCACUUGUGGCGCAACUUUGGUGUUGUCAUUGCUUUCACUGUACUCUACCUGCUGGUUACCAUUCUUGCCGCCGAGUUCCUGUCCUUCGUUGGCGGUGGCGGCGGCGCGUUGGUCUUCAAGCGCUCCAAGCGCGCCAAGCAGCUGAAAGCUCAGAACACCAAGGAGAGUGAUGAAGAGGGAGCCAGAAACGCCGGAGAUGACGCUGCAUUGUCUCGCGGAGAGGCGAAUUCUUCUGGUGCCGCUGAUACCUUCAACCGUAUCUCCUCCAGUGAUCGCAUUUUCACCUGGUCAAAUGUUGAAUACACGGUGCCUUACGGUGGCGGAACUAGAAAACUGCUGAACGGUGUCAAUGGAUAUGCGAAGCCAGGACUCAUGAUCGCUUUGAUGGGUGCUUCUGGAGCAGGUAAAACGACGCUUCUCAAUACUUUGGCUCAGCGUCAGAAGAUGGGAGUUGUCACCGGCGACAUGCUUGUCGAUGGCCAUCCUCUUGGAGCCGAUUUCCAGAGAGGCACUGGUUUCUGUGAACAGAUGGACCUUCACGACAAUACAUCUACAAUCCGAGAAGCGCUUGAGUUCUCAGCAAUCCUCCGUCAAGAUCGAAAUACCCCCAAGGAGGAGAAGCUGGAUUACGUGAACCAGAUUAUCGACCUUUUGGAAUUGGAAGACAUCCAGGACGCCAUCAUUGGCUCUCUUAAUGUUGAACAGAAGAAGCGAGUGACCAUCGGUGUUGAAUUGGCGGCUAAACCCAGUCUUCUCCUGUUUUUGGACGAGCCUACCAGUGGUCUUGACAGUCAAGCAGCUUUCUCAAUCGUUCGAUUCCUGAAGAAACUCUCGCAGGCAGGACAGGCUAUUGUGUGCACCAUUCACCAGCCCUCGUCCAUGCUCAUUCAACAAUUCGAUAUGAUCCUGGCCCUGAACCCGGGUGGAAACACCUUCUACUUUGGUCCUGUCGGCCACGAGGGCCGUGAUGUAAUCAAAUACUUUGCCGACCGCGGUGUUGUUUGCCCCCCGACGAAGAACGUUGCCGAGUUUAUCCUGGAAACGGCAGCCAAGGCAACUAAGAAGGACGGGAAAAACCUGGAUUGGAACGAAGAAUGGAAAAACUCUGAUCAAAACCGCCGGAUCUUGGAUGAAAUCAAGCACAUCAGGGAAGAGCGCAGCAAAAUCCCUAUCGCUGAGAAGGGAGUUCAAUAUGAGUUUGCUGCUCCUACUUGGACCCAAACUGUCCUCCUUACCGAGCGAAUUUUCAGGCAGUACUGGAGAGACCCAUCGUACUACUAUGGAAAGUUGUUCGUCAGUGUUAUUAUUGGUAUCUUCAACGGAUUUACUUUCUGGAUGCUCGACGAUUCUCUGGCCAGCAUGCAGAACCGCAUGUUCUCAAUCUUCUUGAUUAUCCUGAUUCCUCCCAUCGUUCUGAACAGUAUUGUGCCCAAGUUUUACAUCAACCGCGCCCUCUGGGAAGCUCGUGAAUACCCCAGUCGAAUCUACGGCUGGUUCGCUUUCUGCACGGCCAACGUUGUCUGUGAGAUCCCGAUGGCGAUCAUCUCCGGCCUCAUCUACUGGCUUCUGUGGUACUACCCAGUUGGAUUCCCCACCGACUCGAGCAGUGCUGGAUACGUGUUCCUCAUGUCCAUGCUUUUCUUCCUGUUCCAGGCUAGCUGGGGACAGUGGAUUUGUGCCUUUGCGCCAUCAUUCACUGUGAUCUCUAAUGUUCUCCCCUUCUUCUUCGUCAUGGUCAACCUGUUCAACGGUAUUGUUCGUCCUUACAGUGACUACCCGGUCUUCUGGAAGUACUGGAUGUACUACGUCAACCCGGUCACCUGGUGGCUUCGCGGUGUCAUCUCCAGCGUGUUCCCAUCGGUCGAAAUCAACUGCACCUCCAUGGAGUCGACGCACUUCGACCCGCCCCCCGGCUCCACCUGCGGUGACUACGCCAACGACUUCGUCAGAAACAUCGCCGGCGCCGGAUAUCUGGUCGAUCCCAACGCCACUUCCGACUGCCAGUACUGCCCUUACCGCGAUGGUAUGGAGUACAUGCAAACGCUGAACGUCCACGACGGAGACAAGUGGCGCUGCUUUGGUAUCUUCUUGGCCUUUGUGAUCAUCAACUGGGCCCUGGUUUACUUCUUCAUCUACACCGUCCGUGUCCGGGGCUGGUCCUUUGGCAUCGGAUACAUCUUUGGCGGUUUUGGCAUGAUCAUCAACGGUAUCAAGGGCCUCUUUACCAAGAAGUCUGAGAAAGCCCAGCAGUAA